UAUAUCCGCUCUGAGACAUCAGCCGAGGCAACAACACUGACACCUGUUUUGGCGUUGAAAAGGCACGAUCAUAGGUAACCGUUCAUUCAUCGAAGCAUUUCCACAUUUCACGGUCAGAUUAUAGUCCAUCUCAGCACCCCGGCCUUGUCCGUAGCUCUAUGCUAUGGCGCAGGAGCGUCCCUGGACCAUCCCAGAACGGUCGGUCUACUGCGCCGCGGCGGGCAGGCGAGCCUGUAUAGGUGGGCGGCACCUCGGGCCGGCAGACUGGCUCCGCCGCUGCUGCCGCCCGCGGUGGUUCGCUGUGGACCGACCGACCGACCGGCUGACGGGGCGCCGGCAGUACGACAAGGGGCCUCGGAGUGUAGGACGGGUGGAGCUGCCGGAGGGGCGCAGCUGGGCUGAGAGCUGCUGGGGCUACAGGAGCUGCUGGAGCUGCUGGAGCUGUGUGCCUGUUCUUUAACUCCAGUGCUGCUGGUUUAGGGCAUCAUCUUCAUUCUGCAUCUCCCCGUCUCGUCGACUGUCUUCCAGCCAGUGUGCCUGUCUAGCUGUCCUAGGUGUGGGAGCGUGCUGCCACCAUGCUGCUGAGGGUGCUCCAGGGAAACCAUGUGCUGUCCGGCUCCGGCCGGAUCGCCCUGCUCUCAUGGACCAGGGGCCAGUCCACCAAGCCCAUUGAGUAUAAACCCAUCAAGAAGCUGAUGGUUGCAAACAGAGGCGAGAUCGCGAUCCGCGUGAUGCGCGCCUGCUCGGAGCUCGGUAUCCGCUCUGUUGCCGUCUACUCUGAGCAGGACACGAUGCACAUGCACCGUCUGAAGGCCGACGAGUCGUACCUCAUCAGCAAGGGCCUGCCGCCCGUCGAGGCCUACCUCAACAUUCCAGAGAUCAUCCGGGUGGCCAAGCACAACGACGUGGACGCGAUCCACCCGGGCUACGGGUUCCUCUCGGAGAGAGCCGACUUUGCACAGGCGUGUCAGGACGCCGGUAUGAGGUUCGUCGGUCCUUCGCCCGAGGUGGUGCGACGCAUGGGAGACAAGGUGGCCGCCCGGCGCGCUGCUAUCGAGGCAGGUGUUCGUGUGGUACCGGGCACCGACAACCCCGUCACCUCGACUGAGGAAGCGGUCCAGUUCUGUCAGAAACAUGGCCUGCCCGUCAUCUUCAAAGCGGCCUACGGCGGCGGAGGACGCGGCAUGCGAGUCGUCAGGAACAUGGAGGAUGUGGAGGAGAGUUUCCAGCGGGCCACCUCGGAGGCCAAGGCUGCGUUCGGUGACGGCGCCAUGUUCAUUGAGCGCUUCAUCGAGAACCCCCGCCACAUCGAGGUGCAGGUGAUGGGCGACAAGAGCGGCAACGUGGUGCACCUGUACGAGCGUGACUGUUCCGUGCAGCGCCGGCACCAGAAGGUGGUCGAGAUCGCUCCGGCGCCCAACCUCGACCCGGCGGUCCGCGACCAGAUGACUGCCGACGCCGUCAAACUCUGCAAACACGUCGGCUAUGAGAACGCCGGCACGGUGGAGUUCCUGCUGGACGACAAGGGCCAGUAUUACUUUAUCGAGGUGAACGCGCGACUGCAGGUCGAGCACACUGUCACCGAGGAGAUCACAGGCAUCGACCUGGUGGCCACCCAGAUCCGCGUGGCCGAGGGUCUGACUCUGCAGGAGCUGGACAUGACGCAGGACAAGAUCGAGCCGGACGGCUGCUCGAUUCAGUGCCGGCUGACCACCGAGGACCCGGCGCGGGGAUUCCAGCCCGACACCGGGCGCAUCGAGGUGUUCCGCAGCGGCGAGGGCAUGGGUAUCCGCCUGGACGGCGCGUCGGCAUUCGCCGGUGCCAUCAUAUCGCCCUACUACGACAGCCUGCUGGUGAAGGUGAUCGCCACGGCCAGGGACGUUCAGGCGGCCGCCAGCAAGAUGAACCGCGCCCUCAGAGAGUUCCGCAUCCGAGGAGUCAAGACAAACAUUCCGUUCCUGCUGAACGUGCUGGAGAACCAGAAGUUCCUUUCUGGCACCAUCGACACCAACUUUAUCGACGAGAACCCGCAGCUGUUCCAGUACCAGCCGUCGCAGAACCGGGCGCAGAAGCUGCUCAACUACCUGGGCCAGGUGCUGGUCAAUGGUCCGAGCACGCCGCUGGCCACGCCGCUACAGCCGGCCGUGGUGCACGUCCAGCCGCCAGAGGUUGACGAUUCGUCGUCACCCGAAGCCUACUCAAUGAUCGCGGAGCCGCCGCGCGGCUGGAAGUACAUCAUCGACACGGAGGGCCCCGAGGGGUUCGCCAAGGCGGUGCGCCAGCACCCGGGUCUUCUGCUGAUGGACACCACGUUCAGAGACGCCCACCAGUCGCUGCUGGCCACACGCGUCCGCUCGCAUGAUCUGCUGAAGAUCUCCCCCUAUGUGAGCCACAAGCUGUCCAACCUGUACGCCCUGGAGAACUGGGGCGGCGCCACGUUCGACGUGGCCAUGCGCUUCCUGCACGAGUGUCCGUGGCAGCGGCUCUCGGACAUGCGCCGCAUGGUGCCCAACAUUCCCUUCCAGAUGCUGCUGCGGGGAGCCAACGGGGUCGGCUACACCAGCUACCCAGACAACGUGGUCAAGGAGUUCUGCAACCUCUCCGUGCAGGCCGGUAUGGACAUAUUCCGUGUGUUCGACUCUCUGAACUACAUACCGAACCUACUGCUGGGUGUGGAGGCGGCAGGCACUGCCGGCGGCGUGGUCGAGGCGGCCAUCUGCUACUCUGGCGACAUUUCGGACCCGAGCCGCACCAAGUACACGCUGCCCUACUACCUGGAUAUUGCUGAGGAGCUGGUCAAGGCCGGAGCGCACGUGCUCUCCAUCAAGGACAUGGCUGGUCUGCUGCGGCCUCAGGCGGCCUCCACACUGAUUGCCGCCCUGCGCGCCAAGUACCCGCAGAUCCCCAUCCACGUGCACACCCACGACACGGCCGGUGCCGGCGUGGCGUCGAUGCUGCGCUGCGCAGAGGCCGGCGCCGACGUGGUGGAUGUGGCCGUGGACUCGAUGUCGGGCAUGACGUCCCAGCCGAGCAUGGGAGCCGUGGUGGCCAGCCUGCAGCGCACCGAGCUCGAUACCGGCAUCCCCCUCUCCACGGUGAGCGACUACUCGGCCUACUGGGAGCAGACGCGCACCCUGUACGCGCCGUUCGAGUGUACGACCACCAUGCGCUCCGGCAACGCUGACGUCUACUUGAACGAGAUCCCCGGCGGUCAGUACACGAACCUGCAGUUCCAGGCGUUCUCGCUCGGCCUGGGCGAUAAGUUCGAGAAGGUCAAACAGGCGUACCGAGAGGCCAACCAGGUGCUCGGAGAUCUCAUCAAGGUGACGCCCUCGUCCAAGACGGUGGGCGACCUGGCCCAGUUCAUGGUGCAGAACAACCUGAGUGCGCAGGACGUGCUGCUGCGGGCUGACGAGCUGAGCUUCCCCAAGUCUGUGAUCGAGUUCCUGCAGGGCCAGCUGGGAGAGCCCUACGGCGGAUACCCGGAGCCGCUCCGGAGCAAGGUGCUCGCUCACAUGCGCGUGGAGCCGAUCGAGGGCCGGCCGGGCGCCAACCUCGAGCCCAUGGACUUCGCCGCCGUCAAGAGCUCGCUAGAGGAGCGCUUCAGCAACAUCUCCGACUUCGACGUCAUGUCGUACGCCAUGUACCCAGACGUGGCGUCGCAGUUCUUCCAGUUCCGGGAGAAGUACGGACCGGUGGAUAAACUGGACACGCGCAUCUUCCUGGUCGGACCGCGCGUCGCCGAGGAGUUCGAGGUGACCAUCGAGCGUGGAAAGACGCUGCACAUCAAGACUCUGGCGAUGGCGGCUGACCUGACUCCGAACGGCGAGCGUGAGGUGUUCUUCGAGCUGAACGGCCAGCUGCGCUCAGUGUUUAUCAGGGACGAGGAGGCCACCAAGGGUAUGGCGGUGCACCCGAAGGCCGACCCUACCAACAAGCUCUCCGUGGGCUCUCCGAUGAACGCCAACGUACUGGACGUUCGUGUCAGCGAGGGCGACAAGGUCACCAAGGGCCAGCCACUGGUGGUGCUGUCGGCCAUGAAGAUGGAGAUGGUGGUCCAGGCGCCGGCCGACGGCACCGUCAAGGCCGUGGAGGUCGGCCAGGGGACAAAGGUGACUGCCGACGACCUGCUCGUCACGCUCGAGUAGAGGAAGGGAAAGUGGGAGAGAUGAGUGAAGGAAUGAGCUGUUGCUUGAUGGAGGAGGGGGGCAAAGAAGGGAAGAGUGGAUACUUGAAGCAGAAGAGCGCACAGGUAGAGGACGGCGUAAAGUGAUAGAUGUUGAUGGUUGUUCAGUAAGAGCUGGAUUAGAGAACAGAUCUGCGCCCCGGAAACGACUUGUGACGUCGGAAGAAAGUUACGUAGCAGUACACGAGCAGGUCGCUCACUCGCUGUUCAGUGGAGUUCCUUCCGUUCCUGGAUGAUGAUGUUGCCAGUAGACGCAUGUUAAUGUGAACAAGCUGCAGAGUCGUGUGUGAUAGUUAACGUACGCAGAAGAAUGGGCCAGAUGAAAACUGAAUUACGUCCGCGUAAGGUGAUUUGGGGCUGUUUUUUGUCAUGUCACUGGAAGCUUCUCUCGUCCAGUGCACAGUAAGUGAAUUUAUGGAUCUGUUUUGUGAUGGUCUGCGUGAUUUUGGAACGAUAUUUCAUAUUAGAACGAAUGACUCAUUUUUGUAUUUACUGUUUGCCAUUGAAUUAGUUCCCGUGACAGUGCGUGUGGUUUUGUUACUUUCUUUUCGCGCCGGUGUUGGGAUAUUCAUCAUGGAAUGCAGUAUGUACGGAUUUAUCUGGCUUAAUCGCUUUGCACUGUUAUCUCUCUUGCACUGCCCAGCUGAUAUGCUAGUAGCGUGAGCCGCCGAUUGGCUGACCUAUUGUUAGAUGAACCCGCCGCACCCGCUAAUGAGGUGUGAAUGAGCCUCUCUGCUGCCAGUCGGUAGACAUCGAGCAGGUUCCCCUGGUCAGUAGUGUGUUGAAUCGUGCCAGUCCUAACUCGCUUGCCCCCGUCUCUGUCUUGGUCUCUGCCGUCCCGCUGAGCGGUGGCCGAAUUACUGACCUAAAAGUGCAAUAUUCCGAGUCCCUAGCCGACUCCAAUGCAAUUGAAUGUAGGGCAAGAGCGUGCCACAGCCGUGCAGACUCCAUGUGUCUGACUCAAGUUGUUGUCUUGGUAGAAUAAACUAAGAUGUGUGCAAA